GUCAUCUCCUGGUUGGCAGUGCACUUCCCCUCCUCUCCCGAAAGCUGUCUUGUUUGCACGAAAGCGUUACAGAGCUACGGCGGCGAGCACCGGCUCCAACCCCUCCCCCGUCGCCGCGCCCGCCGGCGAUGAGCUCGCCGGCAGAGCCCCCUCCACCGGAGCACCCCCCUACUCCAGCUCCAGCGCCAGCGCCCGCUUCCCCGCCUCCACACCCCGCCGCCUCAGGCAAUGAGGCCGCCGCCCCACCAAAACCUAACCCCCCAAUCACACCCGCGCCUGCCCGGAAUGCCUCCGCCGCGCCGCCAUCCGGAUCGCCGGCUACCGCCGCCGCCGCAGCCCCCGUGCCAUCCCGAAAGGAAUCCGGGUCUACAUCCGCCGCCGCCCCCGCGGCGGCGACCCGGAAGGCCUCGGGGGUAGCCGCCGCCACCACCGGUGUGCUACCUCGGAAGCCCCCCGGGACCACUGCCCCCGUCGCCGCCCGGAACAUCCCGGCGACCACCGCGGCGUCCCGGACCGCCACGAGGGCCACCACCACCACUACCGCCACCUCGGUGUCCCGAAGGCCCGCCGCCGCCGCCGCCGCAGUGGCCUCCCGAAUUCCCUUGAGGGCAACUGAUGCCACGACGACCCACGCGGCAUCCCGAAAUCCCUUGACGGGAGCCGCCGCCGCCACCGCCACCGUUGCCGCGGUGGGGAGGGGCGGAUUCCGGGCCGCUCCUACACGCCCGGAGGAGUACACGCCGCGGAUGGGGAUGGAGUUCGAGAGCGAGCACGAGGCGUACGAGUUCUACCGCUACUACGGCUGGAAAGUAGGGUUCAACGUCCGGAAGGAGUACGCCAACAAGAGCAAGAAGACCGGCGAGAUCACCUCCCGGAAGUUCGCCUGCUCCCGCGAGGGCUACAGGGCCAACGUCAAGCGGGGCAACCACAUGGUGCCGAUGCCGGACUCGAGGACCGGCUGCAACGCGCACCUCGUCAUCCGCCGCAAGAAGCCCGGCGCCAAGCUGGAGGUUUACGCCUUCCAGCCGCGGCACAACCACCCGCUCUUCGCUACAUCCUGCAUGCCCAAUCCUCUGCAGCCCAAUGUCGUGCACUGGACGACAUUGCCCGAUGCCGUUACGCCGCCUGAUCUUCUGAUGGACGGGGGUGAGGUGGGAGGGCAGAAUUCUACCGAAGAGAAUAGUACCGCGAGUGCAGGGGAAGGGCGCCGGCAGCCGCUGCGAACCAGGAGGCAAUGGGAGAUGAAGUAUGGAGAAGCUGGUGCUUUGUUAAAUUAUUUUCAAGACCAGUCUCUGGCUAACCCCUCGUUCUACCAUUCCGUGCAGUUGGAUGUCGAGGAUAAGGUGGCAAAUGUUUUCUGGGCCGAUCCAAGGAUGAUUACUGACUACAGUCAGUUCGGUGAUGUUAUUGCAUUUGAUGUGGUGUCUAGGAACAGUAUAAGCCUCCGUCAUUUUGCCUCUUUUGUCGGUUGUAACAAUUUUGGUGAGCCUAUUGUUUUUGGGUUAGCGCUCAUGUAUGACGAGACUGCAGAGUCUUUCCAGUGGCUGUUUGAGACUUUCUUGCAUGCAAUGUCUGGACGAGCACCCAAAACUUUCUUUUCACAUCAAGAUGCGGUUGUAGCAAAGGCUGUCUCUAUAGUGAUGCCAGACACAACCCAUGUUAUAUGUGCAUGGCACCUAAAGCAUGCUGCAACGAGGAACAUAAAUCAGCUUAAAAGUGACAGUGAUUUCAUGAAGGAGUUCAAGGCAUGCAUCAAUUUGUAUGAAGAGGAGACGGAAUUUCUCACUUCUUGGGAUGCUAUGAUCAAUAAGCAUAACCUUCAUGAUAAUGUAUGGUUGAAAAAGGUAUUUGAAGAAAAAGAAAAAUGGGCUAGACCUUAUAUGAGAGGGGUCUUUUCAGCUGGAAUGAAAGGCACACGAUUGAACGACCGCUUCCAGUCUGAUGUGCGGGAUCAUUUGAGACCUGAGGUAAAUAUUCUUUUAUUGUUGAGGCAUCUUGAGACAGUUAUUAAUGAUAGGCGGCGGAAAGAAUUGGAGGUUGAGUAUAGUUCAAGGCUAAAGUUGCUGUACUUUAAAAUUAAAGCUCCUAUCCUGACACAAGCUUUUGAGGCUUAUACCAAUACGAUCUUUCCGCUUUUUCAAGAAGAAUACGAAGAAUUCCAGUCAGCUUACAUUGUAAACCGUGAUGAAAGUGGCCCUUGUCGUGAGUAUGUCGUUUCAGUUGUUGAGAAAGAGAAGCGAUAUACAGUUUAUGGAAACCCUACUGAGCAGACUGUUUCAUGCUCAUGUAAGAAGUUUGAAAGAAAUGGUUUCUUGUGUAGCCACGCGCUGAAAAUUUUAGAUGCAAUGGAUAUAAAAUAUCUACCAGACAGAUAUAUUAUGAAGCGCUGGACAAAAUAUGCUAGGACUUUGAUGUCUGGAGAUGUUCAAGGUCAAGCAAUUCAAGCAGAUAAAUUAUCAGAAUCCUCCAGUCGCUAUCAAUACAUGUGCCCAAAGUAUGUUAGGCUUGUUGCUCGAGCAUCAGAAUGUGAGGAAUCCUACAGAGUACUGGACCAAUGUUGGGUAGAUCUUAGCAACAAAGUUGAAGAAAUCCUACAGAAACAAACUUGUGUCGAUGCAACUCUGACCCAGACUGAUGUUCAGAACCUUAAGGUUUCCUUACCUUCUAUUACAAACGGCACUCAAGCAGAAAAUAUCAUGGACAAAUCAAGUGGCACAACAGCAAAAGAGUCAAAGAAGAAGGGGCAGAAAAAUAAGAUCCAAUCAAGAAAUUGCAUUGAAAAAGGUUUACGAAAGAAGCAGAAGGUUCACUCAGAACAACCUUCAGAGUAUGCUUUGUUAGGUGGUUCUCAAUCUGGAAACAUGUUUCAGGCUUUCGAGGGUCCUCCUAACAUGUCCCCACUGGGUACCCAAACUCCGACCUAUAAAACCUACAGGGGGAUUGAUCUUUCAAGUCCGAUGGGCCCAAUUAGCUAUGAUGAAAUGCCCUCUGGCUUAGAUCCGACUUUCACGACGCAUCUAGGUUUUGCAACCUAUCACACUUCUCAGGUGUCAAGUAGCAGCCCACACAACCAGGCCUUGUAGAUAUGAAUGCCUCAUUGCAAGGUGCUGUGCUUCUCUCUUUUGAGCACAGCACGGAACAUGUAAGCUCCAUCUUGGCGUCUUGUAGAUUGGAGGCUCGAGAUGAUUAGAUGUCAUCCAUCGACUAUAGAUGGCAUGGACCAGCUAGAAAUGGGCAUAUACAUCAUUGGUAUGUAGCAGUUCAAUUAGUACAAGUAGCUGUAGUUACUAGCUACUCUUUCUUUCUUGCAACUUGAGUUGAUUAUUUCUUAUUGUAGUUGGCAGGUUGGUACUAAGAGCUGGAUUACCUCUUUACCUUAGCCUGUAUGAAUGUAUAUAUAUAUUCUCAGAUGUACAACUUGUAGGCCAUAAGAUGGCGUCUGCCUUUUGUGCGCAGGAAAUGCUUCAAGAUGUAACCACAACUUAACUUAUGUCAUUCCCCCUAGUCUUUCUGUUUUUCAUUACCCUAGGGAGGUCGACUUAUGUACAUGACUACUGGGGCUGUCUGGUUAUCUGUAGAAUCACUUUGGACAAGAGGAAAGGAUGAAUAUUUAGUUAUUUCAUUGAUUAUAGUCGACGUUGCAUAUAAACUACCUAGUGUUUAUCUAUCAAACCCUAAAAAAGUAGGGUCAAAUUGAUAGUUAGGUUUUAAAACAGGGUCAAAAGCGCAAUUGUCUCUAUUGCUAAAUAUCCAAAGGUAGGUCAGUGUUCAGUAUAACCUACAAUGAGGUCUAGAGGUCUGGCAAUAUCUAGCAGUUCACCUAGAGGCUGGUAUUCUGAUAGCUUAGGAUGUAACAUUUCACCAGUGUACUCACAAAAUUAUGCAUACCAAGGUUUUCAUGUUUUGGACAAAUGUGAUCAAAAUACCCUCUAAUAACAGGCGCAUUCCUAACUUACUAGUAAACAAAUGGUGUCAUAUCAAUUCCAUCUUUCAUUACUAAUUGAAAGUAAAAAGAUUGUAGCAAUAAUUCCGAUUUUCACUGGCCUGUAUGAAUAUGCUGCUGCACUUGGCAGAGUUGAUGAAAAACCAUUGCUAACUGUAAACAUGCCUAACAAUUUGAUUGUUAUUCCUUAAUUGUGUUCUCCUACCUUUCCCCCUGUUGUACUGACUAUUGGAUCCAUAAAUUAUGGUGUAUCUCUCAAGUCUCACCUUGUCAUGUAAAAUAAGAAGGUGAAAAGACGGAACUGUGGCUGGGCAGUACACAGUCAGAGAAGGGUUUAACUGAAUAAUACAUGACAUUGUCCUGAAUGGUCCAAGUCAGAAUGCCAUAUCAAGCAUGGAGCUAAUCCAACUCAACUGGUUCUUACUAUCAACUUGCCUUACCUGUUCACCAAGGUUGCCUCUGGCAGAUGGAACAGCCUAUGAAUCACAUUAUCUGUGGCAGCAGUAGCAGCAGCAGCAGCAACUGUAUAUGAAGAAAGAGACAGAACGUGCUCGUCAAUCAUCAACCUUCAGUGAUUCGGUACCCACUGAACAACAUGCCAUAACUUAAAUUCCUUGCAAUCCAGCAAGGCGAACGUAAAGGACUACCCCAUUUCCAUCAGAAGCAGCAUCCAACAGUUGCUUUACAUUAUACAACUCAUCAUGCCAAAUGGAGCAGCCAUCUUCCCCAUAGGAAUAUGCAGUACAGGAACAGUUGCUCAAGCAAACCUGUGAGCAUUGAUCUCCACUGGUAGCAGCCUGCACAUUUUCGGCGUUGUUAGGCAACCUAAUGCUUUGCAUAGGGUAGAACUUAUCUGUGAGGUCUGACCUGUCCUUGCUACUGCCACAACUUAACGGAGUAUUCCUCAUGCACCCUCCUGUUCGAUCAUCAAGCUCCCAAUCCUUCGGUGAUUUUACAGAGAAGCCCUUCAUACAGUCGCAGAAUGGGUUGUUAUUCGGAUCCUUUUUGUCGUCGCAGAUUGUGAAAGGUCCACAGAUUGCAAACACAUCACAAUGAACUAUCGGCUGCCUGUAAUGUAUCAGCCAGUCUUGUGACCCUUCCAGCCACGUACCCGCGAAACCUCUCCCGAAGACAUCUAUUCCAGUGUGCACGAUCGCUGUGUCAUCACGCAAGGUGUAUGUGAAGUAAGCCUCUUGGUCAUUGUAAACAAAUGUGAAAUUUGGCAAUGCAACUCCAAUCAUCUCUGGUGCUAAGCCAAAGUAUCGGCCAUUCCAGUCCCCGCUGGACUUAUAUGGCACAGUUGAGUUCCAUAGCAGAUGCCCAUCCCCAUUGAGCCCCACCUCCAAUGAGUACAUACCUGGGGCCUGGUCAAUCGAAUUCUUCCUAGAAACAAUACGGCGGUUCAGGCCGGUGACCUUGUCCCAGCCAAUCUUCGCACCGGCGAAAAGCGUAUCUGUUGGGUAGUCGAAGCUCUGCCAAAAGAUCUUGGACGAGUUUGAGGAGCUUCGUAGGACAAGGUUGCCAUUGUUCAGAAGCACGGCAAUGGUGUCAUUGGUUGUGAUGUUGGCACGGGUAGACCAUAUGAUGGAUUUGGUGGCAUGAUCCAGGAUGGCCAGGUUUCCAUCACCAGAGAUCGUGAGCUCCGGUGAAGUGGGGUCCACCACUGGGUUAUCGCCGUUGGCGGUCCACAGCAGGGUAAGUUUGGGGACCUUGUUGAACCAUAUGCCAAGGUAAGAGUUGUGGUUGUUGUAGGACUCAUUACCUGGCUUCAAGAAGCCGAGAGCAAACUUGCUGUUGUUGGAGACAAGCCUGUUGCUGCCGGCAAGUGCUUGGCUGGGUGACACGGUAUCUGUCGCGGCGGAGCUCGCCAGAGUGUGCAGGAAGAGGAGUACGAUGCCAAGAAGGACAUGACGAAGGAGAGGCAUGUGGAAGCAGAUGAUGAACAAGGGAAGGAGAAGUGGAGAACUGAAGGAGGAAUGGUAUUGAAGCUAGCUCACACACAGUACGAUUCUGCAAGCCGGUUCUGUUGUUGUUUAGAAAUCAGACCAGCGAUUAGUUCAGCUCGCAGAUUGGCAAGUUAACGUGGUGGUGUGGGCACUUUGUCUCAAUCACUAAGUCCAUGUCAACUGACGACAUCGUGUUUAGCCUGAAACAAACCUCGAGAAGUAUGAUAAGCUAUCUGAAUAAUAAUCUUCUCAUGUUGGUCAAACCUCAACGCUGGAGCGUUUGGACUGAGAAAUGAUCCCUGCCAACUAUUUCAGACAGAAAAGGUUGUUUUAUGCCUCUGCCAUCAACACGCAGAAAUGGUUUCAGGUCCAAAUGAAAACUUCAGUUAGGAGACAGAAUUUUUAGUCUAGUUUCCAGUAUGAUCAAAUCCGACAUUCCUUCUCCAAAAGCAAAUCGGUCUGAUUUUAAGCACAGACCAUGACCGAGGGAUGUAAGAUGCAAGAAUUUCUGAAACGAAGCAAGCAUAGGAAUUGAUUGACCUUGUACGCCUGAUGAGUCAGGAGCCACCCAACGAGUCUGACAUGUUUCGGUUGGGCUUCAGAUUGCCAGAGAACAUUGAAUUUGUUGUAACUUGAUUGUGCCUUGAAAUCGCAUGUUGUAUUUGUACGUCUUGCAGAGUAUUAUUCCCCAUUUGGCUGAUC